CCAAACUGAAAAACAGAAUCACCACCUCCACCAUCAUCAUCAAUUUUGCCCCUUUCUUUCUCUCUCUCUUCUCUCAUAUUUUCUUCUGAGGAAGAGGGUUUCUUUCGGUAAUUUUGCUUACGCCCCGCACCCCGAUUUUUCUCUAGCAGUCUCCUGAAUUCCCUCGCUGUCGCUUAUGCCAUUUCCCCCCAUUUCUCCACCUCUUCCUUCCCUUCACCUCCAUCUCACAAACUCACUCUCCCACCUCCCUCGGUUUGUUUCUCCGAUUGAUUGAUUGAUUGAAGAAGAAUAAAAGAAAACCCAAAUCAUGGAUCAUGGGUUCUCCUCCUGCAUGAUCAUGAUGGAGCUCGAGGAUGCUGUUUGAAAAUGUCAACAGAAUAAUAGAAUCUAACUGGGGUUUACUAAUCGGCUAUCGUUUUCAGAACCGGCUGCAGCUGUUGUUGGUGGUGUUCCGCUUCUUCUCUCUUCUUCUAUUUCUCGUGUCGAUCAAGGGGAUAAUUGCUGGUGAAGUCGAUUCUUGUUGGGUUGACGGCGACAUGGGUUAUCUCAAUUCGGUGCUCUCGUCUUCGAAUCAGGUUUAUGCGGAGGAUGGCCCUGUAAGCGGGGGUGGUCUCAGUCAGAAUGGAAAGUUCAGCUAUGGAUAUGCAAGCUCACCAGGGAAGAGAUCUUCAAUGGAAGACUUUUAUGAAACAAGAAUUGAUGGUGUUGAAGGGGAGAUAGUUGGUCUUUUUGGAGUUUUUGAUGGUCAUGGAGGUGCAAGAGCUGCUGAGUAUGUGAAACAAAACCUUUUCAGUAAUCUGAUCAACCACCCGAAGUUCAUUUCAGAUACCAAAUCUGCUAUAGCUGAUGCAUACAACCACACAGACUCAGAGUUCCUCAAAUCAGAAAAUACUCAGAAUAGGGAUGCUGGUUCAACUGCUUCCACAGCUAUCCUUGUUGGGGAUAGGCUGCUUGUUGCCAAUGUUGGAGACUCAAGAGCUGUCAUCUGUCGGGGUGGAAAUGCUAUUGCUGUUUCUAGAGAUCAUAAGCCUGACCAAACUGAUGAACGGCAAAGGAUUGAGGAUGCUGGAGGAUUUGUAAUGUGGGCAGGUAGCUACUUAUACUUCAACGAGACACUUUUUUUUUUUGUCAAUAUCUUCCUAUGACAUAGCUUCCGAAAUUAAAAAUUGCAGGCACCUGGAGAGUUGGAGGUGUUCUUGCAGUGUCUCGGGCAUUUGGUGAUCGGCUCUUGAAGCAGUAUGUUGUUGCUGACCCAGAAAUCCAGGAAGAGAAAGUUGACAGCUCUCUUGAAUUUCUCAUCCUUGCUAGUGAUGGAUUAUGGGACGUUGUAACUAAUGAGGAAGCUGUUGACAUGACGAAACCCAUCGACGACCCAGAGCAGGCGGCAAAGAGGUUGUUGCAUGAGGCAUACCAGAGAGGCAGUGCAGAUAACAUUACAUGCGUCGUCGUUCGCUUCUUGGCUGCCUCUCGCUCUCACGGUGGUGGUACCACCUCUCAAGGAAGCAACCCUCCUCAAGCGGGCAACACCUCGCACUCACACCCCUGACCCAGACACAGACCAACGUAACUAGGGGGCAGUCGCUGGCUGCAUCGUUUCAGUUCAGUGUCGAGGGGAAAGUUGUUGUAGCCUAGUGUUGUCGAACCCGUGAAAUAUAUAAGUAGUAUGCCCCUAUAUGUAGUCUCAAAACAGAAACAGAAGCGGAACUCGGGCUUCUAGGAGGUGAUCAUCAUGUGUAUUAAAGCAUGUUCCAGCCUCCUAGACUAGAACAGAGUCAGAACAGCAUUGGGCAUGGGAGGUACUUUUUCUCUUUUCCUUUUACCUUGCUGGACAAGAAGAAUGUGAUUUGGGGGGAAGUUGGUAAGUAGUUGUUGGCUUUGGCUAGGACCUUGCAACAAGCUGUUAAAUGUUCGUCCUUUUUUUUUCUGUGUUGAAUGAAUGUGCGGGAUUGAUGGCUGUGUUACAACAGAAAGGUAAGACUUUGUGGCUGUAAAUGGUGCGGCUGCUUGUUUCUUGCUUGGUUGAGGUUAACUGCAUCCUUUCCUUUCACCAUGCAAAGCAUUUGCAAGUUGAUCGGAAGGUGGGUAUAUUUGAUUGUGGCUGUAGUUGUAAAGCGAUGCGGUGAGCCGUUUCUGCGCCUUUGUUUAUCGCAGCUCUCGAGUGACAUUUGUGGUGGAGGAUGGACGACAAGACGCCAUAGUUGUCUUCUUCUUGCUUUCUUAGGUGUCCCGGUGGUCACGAGAAGAGAUGAGUAGAGAGAGAGAUAAAGAUAGGCAGAAGAGAAGCUUACUCACUGC